UAGACUACCUUGAUAGUCUCUGUUUAGUUAAAUAGGAAAUCCCAAAGAAAUUUAUUGUAAAUUAUAAAGUUUUGUUUAUACCGAGACUGGAAAUUAUGAAGAGUUUAAGAAAACGGUUUGGAAAUCAGAAAGGUAAAAAAUGUGAAUCUUGUGAGACCACCGACGACAUAAAAGCAGUAUCCUGGUGCAGCGACUGCAGGAUUUAUGUAUGUAAAACAUGUUCAAAAUUUCACGAAAGGAUGCGCCAAGCUCAUAAGGUAAUACCAAUGGAAACGAUACAUCAGGUCAGUCCUUCGCUUCUCCAAUUGCCCAAGAACUGCGAACAUCAUCCUGAUAAAAAUAUGGUACUGUUCUGUUGUCAACAUGACGAGAUAAUUUGUGAUUCAUGUCAACUUGAAAUUCAUCAGAAAUGCACGCCUAUCAAUUCAUUGGAAAAAGCUGCCAGUGGAGUUAACGAAGGAACCGCCAUGAUACGCCUUGAGAAAAGGAUGAAUGACCUAAGUAAAAUUUCAAAAACGAUGCUGAAUCAAAAGAAGGAAAAACUCAAAGAUUUGAAGAAAAGUCAAAAUGACUUUAAGCAAAGAGUGUCGGGAACCAAACAAAAAUUAAUUGAUCGCUUGAAUAAGUUAGAAUCAGAAAUAUUUACAGAUAUCGAUUUUAAGUAUGGCCAAUGUUUUGAGACGGUUUCCAUAACUGAAGGUAGCCUUGAAGACUGUUCUUCUUCACUUUCUACAUGGAAGGCCGAUCUCAGUUCACUGAAGCCAAAUACAUCUGAAAUCCAUUUAUUCCAGUCCGUAAAACUUCUAGAGGAGAUAACUAAUGAGAAAGAAUGCGAAAUCAGAAAAAUUGAAAGAGCUGAUGUUCCAACCAUUACGUUUAUGCCUUCAGAACUAGAGUCAAACAUGGAGAAAUUACUUGCAGACUUGGGUACAAUUAGAGUUGAGGAAUUUCCAGUACCAGUACCUGAACUGAACGCCAAUCAUGAAGGCCAAUCCCUUGUUAAUGAUACGGAAAAUUUGCAUUUGAACACCUUGGACUUAAUAUAUUGACAGGACCGUAUACUCGGCAUGAGAACUCGAUAGAAUUAUCGGGUCGUAGUUAAAACAAAAGUUGAUACUGAAACUGAGAUAAAGCAAUAACGUACUCACCAGUAUUGCCAAUGAUCAACGGCUUUGUCGUAUCGAUUCAUAUAUUAUUCAUACAUAUAUUAACAUAUUGUCGUUUCCUAUUAUGUAAAUAAAACAAUAUUCAUUGUAAUUACAUAUUUUGGAAUACAAAAGUUUAUUAAUUGAAUGCAAUAAUAGAAACAUUUAAAUUAAGAUGUCAUACGACUACCUCACCAAGUCACACUAAAAGCAUAUCUGUAACCUUUUUAUUUUGUUGUUUACUUAAACUAGUGAAUGAAUUUACACGAAUGAAACUUUUGCGGUAUGUGAAAUAUAUUUUGACUAUUUUCGGCCCUAUUUCCUUGUGCAUGAAUUUGCAUUACAAUAUCCAAUUAGAUCUGGUAAAUGGUAUGAUUUUCGGAUUUUCUAGAAAGUAGAUUGCUAUUUUUAGCAUAAUGUGACUUCCGGAACGUAAUGUGUCAGAAGAAGAUUUUAAACAUUAGUGGAGAAUUGACAUGUAGAAAAGUAAAAAAGUACAACUCUGGAUAUACAUGGUUCUUAAGUAGUUUAACUUAAGGUAAAAUAUUUAGAGACCUGUGACAAAAAUAGUUGAUUAUAUAGAGACUUUGAAUUGAUUGUGUAACACCUUCAAAAGGAAAUCAUUGCUAAUU